AUGAAAGACAGCGGACGGUCGGGGAGGGGCCAACUUGUCGGGGGCACGGAGGCUGGCGCUUUUGCUGGGGUGAGUGAGGAAUGUGCUCUACUUUCACCCGACAGAGGCGACGACGGAUGUGGAGUGUCUAUUAGGGCUUUGAUUCGAAUUUUGGCGGGGAGCUCUCCCUCCGGCGUUUGCACGGUGGAGAGGAUCACGCCGCGGCGGUUCCAUGCUUAUCACUGUCCCCGGCUAGUGCUGGGAUCUGGGCGUCGUGCGGUGGCCACACGAGGAAGAGGGGGCUCGGAGUCGCAUAUUGAAAUCGUGGAUUUACGCGGCGGGGUUUCUUACGUUGAGGUAACUAGGCCUAUUUCGCCCUACAAACACCACUAUAAUCCGUUUAUAUCGCCGGAUGGGAGUAGGAUUGGGUAUCAUAGGUGUAGAGAUGGUGAAAAUGGGAGCCCGGCGUUGCUGUUGGAGAAUAUUAGGAGCCCAAGCCCAGAAGCUUUCUCACUGAUUAGGAUCGAUGGGUCGUUCCCUUCGUUCUCUCAUGACGGUAAGAAAAUUGCUUAUGUUGGGUUGCCGGGAUUGUAUGUUGUGAAUUCUGAUGGAUCCGGAGAACCCCUGAAGGUGUUUGACGGAAAUGCGUUCCCGACUGCUUGGGACUGGAAGAGGAGAGGGGUGAUUUAUAGUAGCCAUGGUCCUGAGUUUUCGAGUGAGAGAACGAAAGUUGACAUUAUCUCGAUUACUAUCGAGGAUGAGGAUGGCGAGAAUUCAGAGCCAGUGGUCAAGAAACUUACUUCAGGAGGGGAAAACAAUGCCUUUCCUUCUCCUUCGCCGGAUGGAAAAUGGGUUGUGUUCAGAUCCGGGCGAUCUGGGCAUAAGAAUCUGUACAUCAUGGAUGCGGUCGAAGGGGAGAGCAAAGAAAUUCAUCGUCUGACCGAGGGCCCGUGGACUGAUACAAUGUGCAACUGGUCUCCUGAUGGCGAGUUAAUCGCGUUCGCAUCAGAUCGGGAUAACCCUGGAAGCGGUUCUUUUUCAGUUUACGUGGUGCAUCCAAACGGAACAGGAUUGAGGAGAGUAGUUCAUAGUGGAGAUGGAGGAAGGACAAACCAUCCUUGGUUUAGUCCCGACUCGAAGAGUUUGGUGUUUACAUCGGAUUAUGCUGCGGUUUCAGCUGAGCCGAUAUCCAAUCCUCAUCAUUAUCAGCCUUAUGGGGAGAUAUUCACUAUAAAGAUUGAUGGUUCUGAUAUUCGACGUCUCACACACAAUUCGUAUGAGGAUGGAACACCUACGUGGACUCCGUUCUUUGUGAAGCCUGUUGAUGUUCCCGAAUAUCUUCAAGGAAGAGCUCGAUGCCAAUUUGACGAUUGUCACUGGCUCGCUGUAAAGGCUGAAGCUAAUAGCGUCCGAGCUGAGAAUGGUUGCUAAAUCUUUUGAAAUCAUGGUAUGUAGCGGUUUGUCGUUAUACUUGGUUGCUAGUGUAUUCUAUGUAAUAUAUGAGCAUAAGAGCACAACUGGUACAUGGAUUAUUACCCUACUGUAGUAGGAUAUACAUAUAAAUUAUAUACUUAUGUAUAUACUGAAAUAAAGUUUGCUCUGAAGCUUCCAUUGUCGAUGUUUCUCCUGCUGUAAUUAUUGAUUUGUUCUUCAUGUA